AAUUAAUCAUCAUCAACCCCACCCUAAAGGAACUUCAAGCUCGACUUCAAGUCAACUUCUCUGUUUUUCUCUUUGAUUUUGGGACAGCAUUCAGCAGAGCAAUCAAAUGGAAGAACAAGAAGAAAGGGCGAGAGAGGAAGUUUCUCCCGAGACCAGUGAAGAGGAGGAGGAAGAAGAUAUUCCAUCGGAGCCUGGUGACACCACUGAUGGUGAAAAUGAAGUCAUUUUUUAUUGGGAAAGUCUAAAAAACGGUGUAAUGACCCACCCAGCUCCUCUUCGCCUCCAAUGCAUGCUGUUCAUCAUUGGUCACUUGUUUUGGGAAAGCCUACCGAGAGAGGACAUAACUAUCCCUAGUUUAGCCUUAUUGCCUCGUUCAAUACGAGUAAAGCUACUUCUCCUUCUACCAGCAGUUGAUGUACUUCAGUUGGAUGGUACACCAGUGACUCGUGAUAUCUCAAUGGAUGAAAUAUGGGAGACAUUGUACAGGGAAAGGAUGCCGUGGGAUAAGAAGGAAGAGAAUAAAAAUUAUGCACUUGGUUUCGAAACGCCCACGGAAUUAAAAGAAAGCAAAUUGAUAGAGUCAGUCAAUUGGAAGGAAGCAUAUUUCAAUACAGCAUUCUGUUUUAACCAAAUGUAUCAGUCAGUCUCGUCAAAGUUGGCACGAAAAGGAUGUGAAUGUGUUUACGAUCAUUUCUUGCAAGACCUCUUGUUCAGUCUUGGCCCAAAUACUACGGAUUUAUACGAAUGCUUUGACAAAAAGAAAACCCUCAGCCUUCAUUACGUUGCCAGGUGUGUUCCAACGUGUAGCACUCUCACUCCAGUGAGACAUGGCAGCAAAUUUUCUAAUCCAGCUGUGUCACCAAGAAGAUAUCACGGCGGACGUGAAUAUCCAAUUUGGGACGUGGUAUUGGCAAUGGCAAAGUACGAAAUCUCUCUUAAGCAUGUAAUACUGUCCCCAGUUCAUUUAAGUGAGAUGAUUAUAUUCUUUGACGAUGAAAGGUGCCUUAAAGACAUCUCAAAGUGUCUUUUCUCAGUCGAGUCAAUUAGUGUCUACCGGUCUGCUAAGUAUUAUGUACAUGAUAAACUAAAGACUAGGAAAUGCUUAGAAAGUGCAUUAGACAUUAUAUUCGUUCAGAACAAGUGCUCCAUAAAGAGUGCUAUGGUACAGGAUAACUUUGACCUAGUCCUACCUCACCUGAAUAGCUCUCCUGAAUCAAAUUUAAAGAAGUUUGAGUUACAAUUUGAGCUGGACAAAGAGUCAGCUAAUGUCAUUAAAACAACUGGGAACUUUCCUUACAACCGUGUCAAGUAUGUGAACCUCAUUAAAUCUCUCCCACUUCUGCUUAAUCAGGUCCUCCAACGCCAUCAAGAGCUGGAGGCGUUUACACUUAUCAUGUCAUCAGAUUAUGAUUUUGGGAAAUGUAUUUUCAUAGAUAGUGAAAUCUUUCGUAAUAUAGGGGAGCUAUUGUAUCGACCCACUUUCAGGGAGUUGGUUUUUAAUAGUUAUUAUUUUCGUAGUCAGGUUUCGUUUGACAUAGUAUGUACUCUUUUCAGUCAUUUCUUCUCUUCUCCUUAUCCAGUGAAUGUUAUCCUGUCCCUCUCUUGUCCUCAGUUUGAUCCACUGCCUGAUCCUCUUCCUGUCAAUUCUGAGCAAGCUUCAUCUAAAUCCCUUAAUUUGCAAAACUGCAAUCUUUCAUCUAAUCUUGUCUCAUUUCUUCCUCAGCAUCUUGUUUUGAAAUCGCUGAAGCUGGAGCAUGAUAAUUUGAACAUUGUAUCUUCAUUUGCUAAUCUCCAGUCAAUCAAAGUUGAUUCAUUCACAUUAUUUCUUUAUGAGAUGAUUACUCAAGAUAGCAUCAGUGAUAUUUGCUCACUGUUUCGUAUUGUGACUGCAAAUGAGUGGAUACUAUCCGUUCGUAUUGAUGACGACAAUCAAGAUACUUUUGACAGGUUUCUAUUUGCUCUGUCUGGUAUCAAGGGAUCACUAACAAGUUUUGAAUGGUACAAUUAUCAUCUCAGCUCUUGGAAUAAUGCUCUAUCACUCUUUGAUUCACUUUUUAAAAGGCUCUCCUCUUCCAAGGCACCAUAUUUUAGAUUAGCUCUUAAUGAAGAUUAUUUCACUAAAGAUCUUGCUGUAGCUGUGCUUAGUUUAUGGAGGAGCCUUGAAGUGGAGAAACUAAAGAAAAUAGUCAUUGAAUGUCCUAAGGGUAAGAAAGAGCUCGGAUUUGAAGACAUAUUGUCAGAAAUGACAAUCGAAAUUGAGUUGGCCAAAGACUAUAAUUGAAUCACCAAUAUUAUAUUAGCUUAUACUCUUUCUAUUUCCCUUCUUUUAUAUUUGAUUU